CAAUUGUUUGAUCUGAAGAGUAAUCGUGGAUACAAUUUGGUUUGAAUAUUUUUAUCCAAAUUAGCCCAUUUAAUUUAAAUAAAAGUAAAUAUUUUUUAUUUAUGAUAUUUUAGGCAUUGAAUUAUUAUAAAUAUGAUUAUAACUAAUAUUUUGAGAUACAUAUUUUCAGAAAUUUUUGGAUAGUUAUUUGGUUUUCGAUUUGGAUCGGUUUCGAUACUUGUUCUUCGGAUAUAGUAAUUUAGGACAUGCUCAAAUAUUUAUCUUGGGUUCGGUUCAAUAUCUUCAAUUUUGGGUCAGUUUCAGAUUGAUAUUAGGAUGCGGAUGUUUUGUCCAACCCUACGAAACAUGUGUUUCGUGAAACAAAAAUGAUGUUGAUUUUUAAUUUGUUUGUUCCAUUCUUGAUACGUUAGGAUUGUCUUUUGUAGGUGGGGUUUAUGAAUUAAGAAAAAAAAAAAAGUCAAAGCUAAAUACAGGUGACGUCGUAAUCAAUUGUUUCAGUCUCAUGUAUCCGUAGCCGCGAUUAGCCGACCAUACUGUCAUCAACGUUUACAAUAAUUAGCAAGAAAAAAAAAAAGGAAAGAACGUAAAAAUCACACCGUCCAAAAGAAGAAGAAAAAAAGCAGAGGAGUGCAUGGCACGGACCUGAGAAGGGUGGAUAUUUUGUUUAGUGGUAUAUGUCAACAUCUCUCAGUUAACAAGUCCCACCCACUCGGGAUCUGAUAUAUAAAGAGGAAAGCGAUUUCAUAACCACACAACACAUCUCCUCCCGCUAUUCCUCUGUUUCCAUAAAACAAAGAGGAAGCCAUCCUCUUGUCUUUUUUUUAUUCUCCAGUGGAUCAUCUUCUCAUACAUUCUUCUAUCUCGUUACCUUCAAAGGGUCAAGAGAGAGAGAGAGAGAGAGAGAGAGAGAGACAUCUAAAUAUGGCUACAGCUAAGAACAAGGGAAAAUCCAUCAUGAGCUUCUGUACCAGCGAAGUAGAGAAAAUGGAUCAUGAGAUGGAAUCAGAGGAGGCCCUCCAAUUUAAGAGUAAAGAUAAUUCAGUUUCAGGUACAGACAUGUGGAAGCCAUUUGUUGGAGAAACAUCCUCGACGUUGUCGCAGAGAAGCCUUAGAAAGAUUAGGACCAUUGACCGACAUAACCACCCUUAUCUUUUAUCCUCUUCCUAUGUUACUCCUGAUCAGCCGCCGCCACCAACCACUGCUUUUCCCUUUUCCCUUGCUCCAUCUAAUAUUCAAAACCAGCAACUGUUUUCAUACCCGAGGCAAAUGAUCUCGUUUGGUCCUCAACAUCAGGUGCAUCCAUUUUUAAACGCACAUCAACAACAUAUGAUGCAGUACUGGAGAGACAUACUGAAUCUGCCACUGCCACUACAAUUAGCGAGACCGGUAAUCCAACCCUUCAGCGCCACCAAGCUGUACAGAGGGGUCAGGCAACGCCACUGGGGGAAAUGGGUCGCUGAGAUCCGCAAGCCAAGAAACAGAACACGUCUCUGGCUCGGGACAUUUGACACAGCAAAGGAAGCUGCUAUGGCAUACGACCGGGAGGCCUUCAAGCUGAGAGGCGAGACAGCAAGGCUUAAUUUCCCGGAACUCUUUCUGAAUAAGCAAGAGUCCACUCCGCUGCAUCAGAAACAGCCUGAAACGCCUGCUGCUGCGGAGGCAAACGAGAGAGGAAAUGAUGAUUCGAGUGUGGCAGUGGGAGGGGUGAGUGAUGACACAGGUUGGGCUGAGGCAUGGUUCAAUGCAAUUCCAGAGGAGUGGGGACAAGGAAGCCCUCUCUGGGAUGAUUACCAUUUUCCUAUUUCUUAUAACCAGAAGGAAGAUCAUGAACAAGAUCAACCACCCCGACAAAAAUAAACUCUGAAUUAUUAUGAUAAUAUUACAAAGCUAGUUUGCACUUUCACUUUUAUCAGUCCUCCUAUCAUACAUAGACAAUUAGAUAGUUGUAUGCAUGACUUGUGAUCUAGAUGGAGACAGUUUUUGUCAUCUCCUCCCA